AUGACGUUAAAUAAUUUGAAAAAAGUUAAUACAAGAAAUACACAUUUAACCACACUUGAUAACAAUAAUGAAAAUACAAUAUGUGAUAUAAAAAAUAUAAAUAGUAUACAAAAAAACAAAAAUAAAAACAAAGUAAACACAGAAAUGAACAAUAGAUGUAAUACAUACAGAAGAAGUGUGAGAUUAUUGAAUAAAGAAAAAAAUACCAAUUUAUCAAAUAAUAUAGAUCACUUAUCUUCUAAUGACAAAAUAAAAAAUAAUAAAAAGAAUAAUAAUAAUAAUAAUAAUAAUAAUAAUAUUAAAAAUAAUAAUAAUGUGGUCUUUAAUUUAAAAGAACAUAAUUUUAUAAAAUCUUCAGAAAAUGAGAAAAGUAAUAAAACGAUAUUAAAAGGAAGUAAUAAAAAAUUGUCUAUAACUCAUAAUAAUGGACAUAUUACUAAUAUUGUGAAGAAAAAAAAUGAUAAAGAUUGUUCAACAAAAUUGUUAAGUAAUAGAACGGCUAGCCAAAAAACGACCAUAAAAAAUGACAACAAAAGUGACAACAAAAAUGAAAACAAAAGUGACAACAAAAAUGACAACAAAAGUGACAAUAACAGUGACACAAACACAUGUUCAAUAAGUAUUGAUAAGAAAAAAAAAAAAAACGAUAGUGAAGAAAUAAAUGUAGAUAAUCAUAGAAAUAAUAAAAAUGUAAAGAAAAAAAAGGACAGAGAUGAAAUAUAUUUAAAUAAUGAUGAAAUAAAAAAAAUAGAUGAUGAAUAUUUAUUUUUACAAAGAAAGUUUAAGAAGCAAAAAAUAGAUAAUAGUGUUUUAAGUAAGAAGAAAAAAUCCCAAAUUUUUAAUAACAUGGUUAAAGAAUAUAUAAAACAAAAUAUUGAAAACAAUAUAUAUGUAGCAAAUAAUAAAUUUAAUUUAUAUAGCUAUGGCACAGGAAAUGCUUUAUAUUCUUUAGAAAGAAUAAAUUAUAAUAAUGAUAAAACAAAUGAAGAUAAUACAAGGAAAUUAAAUGUAAUAUCAGAAAUUAUAGAUGUAAAAAAACAAAAAUUUAUUAUAGGUUCUUCUUAUAGAAAAUGUGAUUUAGUAAUAAAAGGGAAUAUAGAAAAUGAACAAUGUGAAUUAAUAUGUAGGUGUGUAGAAAAGAAUAUUAAUCGUACUAAUGAUAAAAAUAGACAAAUAAAUAAAUAUAAUUUAUUUAUUAUAAAUAAAUCUUCUAAUAAUAGUAGUGUAUUCUUGAAUGAUAUACCUGUAGAUAUUGAUCAAGUAAAAGAUGAGGAUUAUAUUUAUUUAGGUAUGGAUGAAAAAGAUAAUAAAAAUACAGCUAAAUAUAUAUAUAAAAUAAAAUAUAAUAAACUAGCUAAUAUAUUUAAUAUAAAUAAUAUAAAUAAUACAAAUAAUCUUAAUCAUAAUAAUGAAAAUUCUUUAAAACUUUUAUCUAAAAGUACAGAAAAAGUAGGAACAGCUAGUAAAAUAUUAUCUAAUAAUUUUGUAUUAAGUAAUCAAAUACCAACAAUGAAAAAUAUACAAACACAACAAGAAAUAGGAGUAGAAGAAAAAGAAAAAGAAGAAUUACAUUUAAAAUUAGAAUUGGACAUAGGAGAAAAAUAUGAAGAAAAUAAAGAAAAAUUCAAAGAAAAAGAAGAACCAGAAAUAUCAAUAGUAUUAUUUCUAAUUAUUCCAAAAAAAAAAGAAGAUAUAAAUGAACCCAUUUAUUAUAUAAAUAAUUUUAAUACAUUGACAAAUACUUUAAAUAGCACACCUAAAAAAUUUCUAGAUAAUACAAAGACACCCGGAAAAAAUAUUUCUUCAGUUAAUAAAACCAUAAAAGAGGAUUCACCAAAUACAAGAUUUAAUGAAAGUAUAAAAAAAAUUAAUAGAAUUUGUCAAAGUAGAAUUUCUCCAUUAGGUAUAAAAGAUUCUAUUAAAAAAGAAGAAAAAAAUAAAGGUAUUCUAAAAACCUCAAGUAAUUCUAAAGAAUUACCAGUUACCUUAUUAAAUGCAUGUGUUGAAUUAUGUAAAGAAAUAAAUAAAAGUAUAACUAAAGAAAAUAUUAAAAUGAAUAGUUCCUUUCCUAAGAGUACACCAAUUCCUAAUCAUUCAAAUCUAACCCCAUCUAACAGAUUAUCUUAUUUUCAUAAAAACGAAGAAAAUAUUAGUGCACAAAUAGACAAGGAACAGAAAAAAAAUGAAAAAAUUCAACUUGCAAGUAUAUAUAAUACAUUUAAUACAAAUUUUGCUUCUAGUAAUACUCCACGUUUGGAUAAUAAAAAAAGUGAAUUACCUCAGAUGGAAAAUAAUAAUAAUAAUAAUAAUAUGAAUGCUCACAUUAAUGAAGAUCCACAAUAUGCCAGUAAAAAAAAUAAAUAUUUAUAUGAAGAAACAGAAGAAAAAAUAAAUAAAGAUCAGUCCAUUUUGCAAGUAUCAAAUAAUCAAGAAUAUAAACAAAUGGAAGAACAAAAUAAUAUAAAAAAUAAAACGGAUUAUGCAAAACAUAAUGAAACGUUAUUAAAUAUAGAUACAGAGGAGACUAAUAAAAUAAAACCUAAUGAUGACACAGACAAUAAUAAUAAUAAUAAUAAUAAUAAUUGUAAAAAUAAUUUAGGUCAAGUAAUUAAUAUUAAUAGAAAUAAUGAAUUAAAAGAUGACAACAUAAAUAUACAUGAAAAAUAUACUACUGAAAUGGAUCAUUUCAAUAACAAAUCUAAUUACGAAGAAAUAUAUUUAAAAGAAAAGAAUUGUUUAAAUAAUGAAUUUCAAGAUAAUUUAUUAGCAACUCCUAUUAAAAAUGAUACGUUUUUAAAUAUGAAUAAUAUGGAAUAUUAUGAUUGCAAAGAAGAAAAAAUAUUUAAUAUUGUAUCUCAUAAUAAUAAUGAUAAUAGUAUAAAACCAUGUGAUACAAAUGAUAAUUUAAGAAAACAAGCAGAAAAAAAUUUAUACUCACUUUUAUAUUCUAAAAAUUAUGACGAUUUAUUAUCUAAUCAUGAUUAUGUUAUAUGUCUUAAAAAUUAUGAAGGUAUAGAACAAUAUGUAAAAGUAAUAGGACAAAUAAAAGUAAAAAGAAAUGCAUUCUUUACAGAUAUUAAGCAUGAAAUAGAUUUAAAAAUGCUUGAUAAUAUUAUUGAAAUUAAAACAUUAGAUAAAAUUAAUUAUUUUAAUUCUAAUAAUAUUUCUAAUCCAAAAUAUACUAUUCAUUUAAAUGCAUUUAAUGAUAAAAUUGAUGAAAAUAAAUUCCAUGAAUUGUCAGCGCUACAUUUGGAUUAUAUAGAUCAUACUAACUUUUCUCAUAUGUAUACAUCAGAUUCUUUUGAGCUCAAAAAAAUGCUUUUUGUCAAAUAUUAUGACAAUUAA